GGUGGGGGCACCCUGCUGCCCCAUAUAUACAGCUCCCGAGACCAGGUCUGGCUCCACAGCUCUGUCCUGCUCUGUGUCUUUCCUUGCUGCUCUCAGGUCCCCUGCAGGCCUUGGCCCCUUUCCUCGUCGGUAGACACACUUGAGCAGCCCAGGCACAGCCAUGGGAGAUUCUGAGAUGGCUGCCUUUGGGGCUGCCGCCCCCUACCUGCGCAAGUCAGAGAAGGAGCGGCUGGAAGCCCAGACCCGGCCUUUUGACCUCAAGAAGGAUGUCUUCGUGCCUGAUGACAAAGAGGAAUUUGUCAAGGCCAAGAUCGUGUCUCGAGAGGGUGGCAAAGUCACUGCUGAGACCGAGAGAGGCAAGACGGUGACCGUGAAGGAGGACCAGGUGAUGCAGCAGAACCCACCCAAGUUCGACAAAAUCGAGGACAUGGCCAUGUUGACCUUCCUGCAUGAGCCCGCGGUGCUCUACAACCUCAAGGAGCGCUAUGGCUCCUGGAUGAUCUAUACCUACUCUGGCCUCUUCUGUGUCACCGUGAAUCCCUACAAGUGGCUGCCGGUGUACAAUGCCGAGGUGGUGGCCGCCUACCGGGGCAAGAAGAGGAGCGAGGCCCCACCCCACAUCUUCUCCAUCUCCGACAACGCCUAUCAGUACAUGCUGACAGACAGAGAAAACCAGUCCAUCCUGAUCACUGGAGAAUCCGGAGCAGGAAAGACGGUCAACACCAAGAGGGUCAUCCAGUACUUUGCUGUUAUUGCAGCCAUUGGUGACCGCAGCAAGAAGGACCAGAACCCGGGCAAGGGCACCCUGGAGGACCAGAUCAUCCAGGCCAACCCUGCUCUGGAGGCCUUUGGCAAUGCCAAGACUGUCCGGAAUGACAACUCCUCCCGCUUCGGGAAAUUCAUUCGAAUCCAUUUUGGGGCAACAGGAAAGUUGGCAUCUGCAGACAUAGAAACCUAUCUUCUGGAAAAAUCCAGAGUUAUUUUCCAGCUGAAAGCAGAGAGAGAUUAUCACAUUUUCUACCAAAUCCUGUCUAACAAAAAGCCUGAGUUGCUGGACAUGCUGCUGAUCACCAACAACCCCUACGAUUAUGCAUUCAUCUCCCAAGGAGAGACUACCGUGGCCUCCAUUGAUGACUCUGAGGAGCUCAUGGCCACUGAUAAUGCCUUCGACGUGCUGGGCUUCACUCCAGAGGAGAAAAACUCCAUGUACAAGCUGACAGGCGCCAUCAUGCACUUUGGAAACAUGAAGUUCAAGCAGAAGCAGCGGGAGGAGCAGGCGGAGCCGGACGGCACGGAAGAGGCUGACAAGUCUGCCUACCUCAUGGGGCUGAACUCAGCUGACCUGCUCAAGGGGCUGUGCCACCCUCGGGUGAAAGUGGGCAAUGAGUACGUCACCAAGGGGCAGAAUGUCCAGCAGGUGGCAUAUGCCACUGGGGCACUGGCCAAGGCAGUGUACGAGAAGAUGUUCAACUGGAUGGUGACGCGCAUCAACGCCACCCUGGAGACCAAACAGCCACGCCAGUACUUCAUAGGAGUCCUGGACAUCGCUGGCUUCGAGAUCUUUGACUUCAACAGCUUUGAGCAGCUCUGCAUCAACUUCACCAACGAGAAGCUGCAGCAGUUCUUCAACCAUCACAUGUUCGUGCUGGAGCAGGAGGAGUACAAGAAGGAGGGCAUCGAGUGGACGUUCAUUGACUUUGGCAUGGACCUGCAGGCCUGCAUCGACCUCAUCGAGAAGCCCAUGGGCAUCAUGUCAAUCCUGGAGGAGGAGUGCAUGUUCCCCAAGGCCACUGACAUGACCUUCAAGGCCAAGCUGUUUGACAACCACCUGGGCAAAUCCGCCAACUUCCAGAAGCCACGCAACAUCAAGGGGAAGCCGGAAGCCCACUUCUCCCUGAUCCACUAUGCCGGCAUCGUGGACUACAACAUCAUUGGCUGGCUGCAGAAGAACAAGGAUCCUCUCAAUGAGACUGUCGUGGCCUUGUACCAGAAAUCCUCCCUCAAGCUGCUCAGCAACCUGUUUGCCAACUAUGCUGGAGCUGAUGCACCUGUAGAGAAAGGCAAAGGCAAGGCCAAGAAAGGCUCGUCCUUUCAGACUGUGUCAGCUUUGCACAGGGAAAAUCUGAACAAGCUGAUGACCAACUUGCGCUCCACCCAUCCUCACUUUGUGCGUUGCAUCAUCCCCAAUGAGACAAAGUCUCCAGGGGUGAUGGACAACCCCCUGGUCAUGCACCAGCUGCGCUGCAAUGGUGUGCUGGAGGGCAUCCGCAUCUGCAGGAAAGGCUUCCCCAACCGCAUCCUCUAUGGGGACUUCCGGCAGAGGUAUCGCAUCCUGAACCCAGCGGCCAUCCCUGAGGGACAGUUCAUUGAUAGCAGGAAGGGGGCAGAGAAGCUGCUCAGCUCCCUGGACAUCGAUCACAACCAGUACAAGUUUGGCCACACCAAGGUGUUCUUCAAGGCUGGGCUGCUGGGGCUGCUGGAGGAGAUGCGGGACGAGAGGCUGAGCCGCAUCAUCACACGCAUCCAGGCCCAGUCCCGGGGUGUGCUUUCCAGAAUGGAGUACAAGAAGCUGCUGGAACGUAGAGACUCCCUGCUGAUAAUCCAGUGGAACAUUCGAGCCUUCAUGGGGGUCAAGAAUUGGCCCUGGAUGAAGCUCUACUUCAAGAUCAAGCCACUGCUGAAGAGCGCAGAGACGGAGAAGGAGAUGGCCACCAUGAAGGAGGAGUUCGCACGCCUCAAAGAGGCGCUGGAGAAGUCCGAGGCUCGCCGCAAGGAGCUGGAGGAGAAGAUGGUGUCCCUGCUGCAGGAGAAGAACGACCUGCAGCUCCAAGUGCAGGCGGAACAAGAUAACCUGGCAGAUGCUGAGGAGCGCUGUGACCAGCUGAUCAAAAACAAAAUUCAGCUGGAGGCCAAGGUGAAGGAGAUGAAUGAGAGGCUGGAGGACGAGGAGGAGAUGAAUGCUGAGCUCACUGCCAAGAAGCGCAAGCUGGAAGACGAGUGCUCAGAGCUCAAAAGGGACAUUGAUGACCUGGAGCUGACACUGGCCAAGGUGGAGAAGGAGAAACAUGCAACGGAGAACAAGGUGAAAAACCUGACAGAGGAGAUGGCUGGGCUGGAUGAGAUCAUCGCCAAGCUGACUAAGGAGAAGAAAGCUCUACAAGAGGCCCACCAGCAGGCCCUGGAUGACCUUCAGGCCGAGGAGGACAAGGUCAACACCCUGACUAAGGCCAAAGUCAAGCUGGAGCAGCAAGUGGAUGAUCUGGAGGGAUCCCUGGAGCAAGAGAAGAAGGUGCGCAUGGACCUGGAGCGAGCGAAGCGGAAGCUCGAGGGUGACCUGAAGCUGACACAGGAGAGCAUCAUGGACCUGGAGAAUGACAAGCAGCAGCUGGAUGAGCGGCUGAAAAAAAAAGACUUUGAGCUGAAUGCUCUCAAUGCAAGGAUUGAGGAUGAACAGGCCCUGGGCAGCCAGCUGCAAAAGAAGCUCAAGGAGCUCCAGGCGCGCAUCGAGGAGCUGGAGGAGGAGCUGGAGGCCGAGCGCACCGCCAGGGCCAAGGUGGAGAAGCUGCGCUCAGACCUGUCCCGGGAGCUGGAGGAGAUCAGCGAGCGGCUGGAAGAGGCUGGUGGGGCCACAUCCGUGCAGAUCGAGAUGAACAAGAAGCGUGAGGCUGAGUUCCAGAAGAUGCGGCGGGACCUGGAGGAGGCCACGCUGCAGCACGAGGCCACUGCUGCGGCUCUGCGCAAGAAACACGCCGACAGCGUGGCCGAGCUGGGCGAGCAGAUCGACAACCUGCAGCGGGUGAAGCAGAAGCUGGAGAAGGAGAAGAGCGAGUUCAAGCUGGAGCUGGACGAUGUCACCUCCAACAUGGAACAGAUCAUCAAGGCCAAGGCUAACCUGGAGAAGAUGUGCCGGACCUUGGAAGACCAGAUGAAUGAGCACCGGAGCAAGGCGGAGGAAACCCAGCGUUCUGUCAACGACCUCACCAGCCAGCGGGCCAAGCUACAAACCGAGAAUGGUGAGCUGUCCCGGCAGCUGGAUGAGAAGGAGGCACUGAUCUCCCAGCUGACUCGAGGCAAGCUCACCUACACCCAGCAGCUGGAGGACCUCAAGAGGCAGCUGGAGGAGGAGGUUAAGGCGAAGAAUGCCCUGGCCCAUGCACUGCAGUCAGCCCGGCAUGACUGUGACCUGCUGCGGGAGCAGUACGAGGAGGAGACGGAGGCCAAGGCUGAGCUGCAGCGCGUCCUGUCCAAGGCCAACUCGGAGGUGGCCCAGUGGAGGACCAAGUAUGAGACGGACGCCAUCCAGCGGACUGAGGAGCUCGAGGAGGCCAAGAAGAAGCUGGCCCAGCGGCUGCAGGACGCUGAGGAGGCUGUGGAGGCCGUUAACGCCAAGUGCUCCUCGCUGGAGAAGACCAAGCACCGGCUACAGAACGAGAUUGAGGACCUGAUGGUGGACGUGGAGCGCUCCAAUGCGGCCGCUGCAGCCCUGGACAAGAAGCAGAGGAACUUCGACAAGGUGGGCCAUGGGUGGGGGCCACAGCCAGCACGCAGGGUGGACUCUCUGCAGACCUCCCUGGACGCAGAGACACGCAGCCGCAACGAGGCCCUGCGGGUGAAGAAGAAGAUGGAAGGAGACCUCAAUGAGAUGGAGAUCCAGCUCAGCCACGCCAACCGCAUGGCCGCCGAGGCCCAGAAGCAAGUCAAGAGCCUCCAGAGUUUGCUGAAGGACACCCAGAUCCAGUUGGAUGACGCGGUUCGUGCCAACGACGACCUGAAGGAGAACAUCGCCAUCGUGGAGCGGCGUAACAACCUGCUGCAGGCUGAGCUGGAGGAGCUGCGCGCAGUGGUGGAGCAGACAGAGCGGUCUCGGAAGCUGGCUGAGCAGGAGCUGAUUGAGACCAGCGAGCGGGUGCAGCUGCUGCAUUCCCAGAACACCAGCCUCAUCAACCAGAAGAAGAAGAUGGAGUUGGAUCUGACCCAGCUCCAGUCCGAGGUGGAGGAGGCGGUACAGGAGUGCAGGAACGCCGAGGAGAAGGCCAAGAAGGCCGUCACGGAUGCCGCCAUGAUGGCAGAGGAGCUGAAGAAGGAGCAGGACACCAGCGCCCACCUGGAGCGCAUGAAGAAGAACAUGGAGCAGACCAUUAAGGACCUGCAGCACCGGCUGGACGAGGCCGAGCAGAUUGCACUCAAGGGCGGCAAGAAGCAGCUGCAGAAGCUGGAGGCGCGGGUGCGGGAGUUGGAGAAUGAGCUGGAGGCCGAGCAGAAGCGCAACGCGGAGUCGGUGAAAGGCAUGAGGAAGAGCGAGCGGCGCAUCAAGGAGCUCACCUACCAGACGGAGGAGGACAGGAAAAACCUGCUGCGGCUGCAGGACCUGGUAGACAAGCUGCAGCUAAAGGUCAAGGCCUACAAGCGCCAGGCCGAGGAGGCGGAGGAGCAGGCCAACACCAACCUGUCCAAGUUCCGCAAGGUGCAGCACGAGCUGGAUGAGGCAGAGGAGCGGGCAGACAUUGCCGAGUCCCAGGUCAACAAGCUGCGGGCCAAGAGCCGCGACAUUGGCGCCAAGGGCUUGAAUGAGGAGUAGCUUUGCCACAUCUUGAUCUGCUCAGCCCUGGGGGUGCUGGCGAAGCCUGUGUAACAGCUCCUUGGGAGGAAGCAGAAUAAAGCAAUUUUCCCUGAAGCCGA